AUGUCAUUACCCAUUUCCAUAAAUAGUGAUUUGAUUCUCAUCACUAAUCGUAAACUAUGUUGGCACAAGCACAAUAUUGAUUUCUUAAUCAUUUAUCAAGCUUUAUUUUCAUACACAUGUUUAACACAAUUUUUAAUUGUCAUUAUGAUUGAUACAUUUUUCUUGAUGAAAGUGAUACGUUGGUCACGUGGUCGUCCUCAACCAACGGAUACACAAACAUCAAAGGUGAUUCAUAAUACACGUACUGUCACAAUGCUUAUCCUUCAUAUUUUUGCAUUUUUAUGUGCAUUACCAUGUGGAAUAUCUUUUCUUCUUACAAUCUCUGUUGAUCGUUUAAAUUAUAAAAUUCCAGUAGGAUUACUUUAUUUCCUUUUAGUCUUUUUAAAUGUAGGAUGGACUUUAAUUUUUCUUCAAUCAUCUUUAAACAUUAUUAUAUAUUGUAUUCACAUUGAGAAAUUUAAAACAAUCCUAUUCAAACCACUAAUUACUUGUCGUAACUAA